AGUUGAUCACGCCGAUCUUCUGCUAACCGCAAUGGCUUUCAAGUUCGUCGUCUUAGCUGCCCUCGUGGCCUGCGCCCAAGGUGGAGCCCUUCUGCCAGCCCCCGCGGCGAUCGCCACUCCUUUCUUGGCUGCCCCCGUUGCCAGACAGGUCCUAACUAAGGUGUCGGACGCGGAGUUCGACCCCAACCCACAGUACAGCUACACCUACAAUGUGGCGGACUCGAUCACCGGCGACUUUAAACAUCAGGCCGAGACUCGCGAUGGUGACGUUGUCCGUGGCAGCUACUCCCUCCUCGAAUCUGACGGCACCAGGCGAGUGGUAGACUACGCCGCCGACGCUCUUAACGGUUUCAAUGCCGUUGUGCGCAAGGAACCAGCUGCAGUGGCCAUCCCAGCCCCAGCCGCCAUCUCCGCAGCCAUCCCCGCAGCUAUCCCGGCACCAACCCCCAUCGCUGUUAAGGCCGCUCUCCCAGCCUUCCCGGCACCCAUUGCCAGGUUCGCUGCUCCUCUGCCAGCUGCUCUGCCCGUGGCUGCCCCGGCUCUUCCCUACGCUGCUGCGGCUCCCCUGCCACUGGCUGCUGCCCCUGCCUUCCCGGCUUUCACCAGCUACGCCGCUCCGGGCAUCUUCCGCUCCGGACCCAUCAUCAAGUCUUUCUACUAA